GACAGAACUAUUUUUUAACGUUGUCAGUAUUGCUUUAGCGCAAACAUAAAGGCCCAGAAUAUUGAGCUGCACGGACAUAUUAAAAUAAUAAUAAUAAUAAUAUUCGGAAUAAGGGAAUCUCGCAUAAUGGAUAUUUCUGGCGGAUCCCCGACAUUUAUGCAGAUUUUACGAGAGUUGCCGGAUCUGGAACAUGAUGGGGGUUCGCAGGAGCAAAAUUCUGGCAGACAAUCACCAACGGCCUUUUUUCGUUCCGACAUACAGCCCGUUGUGAUAAAGGAUGUGUUAUGGACAUCUGACACGCAGGAAUUUGAUGCAAUUCUACCGUUCUGUACGAGCGCUUUUUCAAACUCACCGCAAAUCCAGGGAACAUUGACCCCCUCCAGACAUACUCAAGACCCCAACAAACAACUAGUAACGUUGGCCCAAGUACACUGCUCAGAAUCAAGCCCCCCCGAAAACUACUGUUGGGCCGGGAACUUGCUGCUUCACGAGCCGGCGCUCCAGGGGCAAGACUGCCCGGAGACAGACCCAGCAGAAUCUGGAACGCUCGAUGGAAAAAGUCACACACCCCCGGUUUCGGCGAUUCGUCACAACAAGCGCCAAAAAAGCCGAGACUCCGCACCGGUGAAAAACGGCACAGACGACCACAUAAAUCUAGAGCUGGGGGAUUCCGGCGCACCGCGCAUUCAGAAUGGAACACCCAAGAGACCUGUUUUUAACGACAUUUCGGAUGUUGAUGACCAGCUAUUCUGUGAUGCGGCCAACCUUGUAGACCCAGUCAAUUCUACGGCCUCAGUACCGGCAGCCGAACAAGAAAGGUUUUUCACAUUAUUUUCCAGGGCUUUGAAAUCGAGGAAUGUUUUGCUAUACAAACAACUGGGGGAUUUAAUUGAGAGACAGUACAGAGACGAUAUGUUAUUCUGGCAUAGAACAAUUCCACGCAUGUUAAACAGCAACCCCAUUAAAAAACGCAAAUACAGACGCUAAAAGCAUACAUGUAACAACAACCAUUACAUAAAAAAU